AUGGCCCUCAAAAAUCAGCCUACCAUUCUUAUUGUCGGCGCGGGUGCUAUUGGCAUCAUGCUGGGAUACCAUCUCAGUCUUGCGGGAGCUGAUUUGACAUACCUUGUGCGUCCUCAUCAUGCACAACGUCUCAGUCGUCCUCAGAUUCUAUACAGCUAUCACGACAAAACCUCGAUUGAAUUCAAGGGCUAUAGCUUUGUCACCGAACCAGCGCAAAUUGGCCACUCGGACUAUGACUAUGUUCUCAUCACGCCAGAUGCCGCGACUUUGAUGGCUCCCCUGGGCGCAGCCCUAGUCAAAACGAUCGGAGAGGUCUUCAAAGGAGAGCAUGCAAAAAUCAUUUUGGCAGGCACCUUCCACAACUUCAAGAAUUGGUUCGCGGCGACGUCUGGACUUCCAGAAGACCGGCUUGCAUGCAUCAUAGUUCCAAUCGCCAUCCAUGAAACCAAGACCAAACUCAAAACUCAUGGCUAUGUCGACAUGGAACAGUUCGACAAAGCCGAUUAUGCUUACGCAAGGCUCAAUCCCGACAUUACUCUACAAAUUGAGGACGUGCCCGCAUUUGCUGAUUUUGUGAGCCUGUACAAUACUUGUGGAGUUGGGCGCUGUGUCACUGCGCCUGCGGCCCAGAUGGCUGCUCAUUUGCUACCUAUUUUUGCACUCCUCAUACCACUGGAGUUGCUCGGCUGGCCCUCGAUGAAAGACCUCGACAGAAACAGUGACCUUUGGCGUCUUGGUAUUGCUGCAGUGAAGGAACUUCGUGGCUUGAGUCUCUACGGCGAAGCCGGCCGACAGGCAGUGGAUGCAACAAACGAGGACUCCCUUGUCAAGGAUUUCUCAGCUAUGGAGCAAACGGCACUUCCGCUCGACCAAGCAGAUUUCAAUCGUUAUCACCAUGGGGGAAAGGUUAGCAAGCAGGAUCAGGACCACGUCAGAGCUUGUAUCGAAUAUGCGGAAGCCGAUGGGAAGCCGCUCACUGCCGCACCUGAGUUACUGCGGCGCUUAGAGGAAAAGCUAGGCAGGUCGGCAUAG